UUUCCAUGCUUCAGGUCUGCAGCCGUGCCUGCGGGUUCAAGCGCUGCCUCUGGCAGUAAUCGAAGACUUCAGCAGACACAAAAUCAAGUGGACGAGGUGGUGGACAUCAUGAGAGUCAACGUGGAUAAGGUGUUAGAAAGAGACCAGAAGCUCUCCGAGUUAGAUGACCGCGCGGACGCGCUGCAGGCAGGAGCCUCCCAGUUUGAAACGAGUGCUGCCAAGUUGAAGAGAAAGUAUUGGUGGAAGAAUUGCAAGAUGUGGGCGAUAGGGAUUAGCGUUGUGGUCAUCAUCAUCAUCAUCAUCAUCGUGUGGAGUGUUUCUCGGUGAGGAGCCAGCGAAACUCCAGCCUGCUGUUCAAGAAACCUCUUCAAGACUUUUGACUUAGAACCUGCUAUAUUAUCAAGCUUACCUACUGUUGUAUCUAAAAUGAUUAUUUUCUGUUCGUUAAUGUAAAGUUUGAUCUCUAGGAAAUGUGCCUUUUUAAAAAAGAAAAUGCACUCCAACUGGAAAUGUAGUCAGCCCAGCCCACGUUUUGCACAGUGCCUUUACAAAUUUACACAUGGGCUGAUGAAAAGGACUUCUUAAGUUCCAGAGUGUUAUAACCUAGAAGUAAUGCCUUGAUUAAUUGCCGUUAAUUCCAGUUAAGGGAAUUUUUUCCAAGUUAGCAUCCUUGUUAUACGAUUAUCUUCAGAGCCACAUUUUAAACUUUGGGUAAUCAGAUUUCCAGUUUGUGCCUUCCAGAAAGAACACUACUGCUUAACUCAUAUCUGACAGUAACAGGCUGUGCCUUAUUUGCUACUUUUCUGAUUCCUUCUAAGAGAACUCUCCACUGUUUAUAAGCACUACUGACUCUUCGCUGUAUUUAAAAUAAGAUGCUGGUAAAGAGUUUAUGCUCUUACACUAGAUAGAUGUUUACUUUCUUGUAACUGUUUUGUAUAAUUUCCUAAAAAUAUUAUUUUAAUCAGAAAUAAUAACCUCUUUGAAACAUUUUUAUAGAACUAUGGCUAUGACCAAAGUUUCUAUUUUGCCAAAAAGUUACAUCCCAGUAAAAUGUCCUUAAGUCUGUUCCUGAAAGAUCAAUUCAGAAAAGUGACAAAUGGAACUCAAGGUGCCCUUCAGAACAUAAGCCAAACUUGUUUGUGGAGCUCCUACAUCCUGACAGGCCUUUCUUGCCUUCAAAGCAGUGUAGGUGGCGAGACUCCUGUUCCCGCUCAGCGUCUUCCCCGGGGUUACAGGAGGGUCGAGCUAGCCCCUGACAUCGCAGACCUAGAGACAGGAUGCAGAUCACCCGCAGUUUGUAGAGUAUUAGCUGUGGACACCAGUGUGUUUCUAAGAGUUACGUGAGCCACAGUUUUGUGGCGAGACCAUCUGGUGACUGGUGAUUAUUUGGCCCGGUCCCCGUAGAUCGUAGCUUUCUGGAGUUUCCUACUUUUAUUCAUAUUCCACUCCCUAAAUCUGUCAUCCGCGUUACGCUUCAGAUACCGUUGGUCAGGGUGGGUGAUUCUUCACCGAGGUAGCUAACCACAGACCCUUCCUUCCUUUGACGUCAUAGACUGCACAAGAGGCUGCUUUGGAAAUAGCUGUUGUCACCUGAGCAGCUCUUGAGACUUUCAGCAUCAGGCUGUGUGGCUGAGGGUGGGCAUUCAGGGAGGAAGCAGAGGUUUCAGCAGUCUGCUGGCCUGUUCUAGAAUUCUCGUUCACAUGCUAGCGUGCGACUUAGGAAGCAGCGACAGUUGAGGUACACCAGGACGCAGUUCCACUUCUCUGGUGUCUGUUCCCCUAACGUUACCGAGACGCUGUUGAUGUUGAAAACGCCUCGCAGUCCCCGGCUGAGUGUGACACGAGACUUAAGUGCCCUCCCCUUGGCCUCGGUGCUCAGUCCCAUGUAACCACGGGCUCCCGCAGUAACCCAGGAAUACCUUGCUUGUGUCUGUGCAUUAGCUGGGAACCUGCCCGCCAUGAUGAACCGAAUAAAGUGUUUAUAAACGA